UUGGUGUAUUUGUGUGGAUCAGUUGAAAAGAGGUUGACUUCAGCCUUUGGUGCUGCGAAGUCAAAUGUAAGAGUCCUUAAGGAAGUUGAGUGGCAUCCUUACCACAGGUAUCACAGAACUUUUUUUCUCAGCACGACAAAUAUUUUAUGUCGUGAAAACUGGUCACAUCUUAUUGAUUUUAACCCCAUGCACAUCAGGGCUGUAGAGGUUGGAUCCAAAUUUGACUCGAGUGUAAAUGUACCUUUGGAGUAGAACUCUCUCUAUCCAUAGGUGGUAUAGUGUUUUGCCAGGGGCUGAUCCCAAUGUAACAUGUUGGAUGGUGACAUACAGUUGGUGACACAUUGUGGCAUACAUAUUUAUUACAAGUCAGUGACAUAGUUGUUGCUGCAGAUGGCAGGCUGGAUGAAGCUCUCUCUCUUGUGAACAUUACAAGAACAUGAGUGGCACUUGAUGGAGAUAACCACAACCAACGGGACCACUACCGCUAGUGAGAUUGGCCACUCCCAGAAGCGCUUCAUCUCUCCUGAGAGAGCAGACUCUUCCCUUGUGCCAGAUGGAGAAGAUGCUAGCACGCCCAAGGGCAGGUUUAUUUCACCAGAGGGCUCUCAUUGCAAUGCCAGCGUGGUAGUCGUGGAUUCUGUGCCUUAUUCUGUAGAUGACAAGUCCCAGAAAGCAAGGUUCAUUUCUCCAGAUAAUUCACAAACCACAGUUAUGAAUACAGCAGAGCAGGAUUCGUUCCAGGGAGAGUUAGUUGGGACUGCACAUUAUGCUUCCUCACCAGAGCUCUUAGAGAGUGGUAGUGCUCCUGUCACAGCUGUGGGUGACAGUGCUGGUGACAGUCAUUUAUCACAGGACCAACGCCCUGCUCAGCAGUCACAACCUGACGGCAAUGAAACAGGUGACAAGAAUGUUAAAAAUAAAAACAUCUCGGGCGAGGCGACCUCAACAAAGUCUCGCAAACCCGUGACACGAAGAAGGUCAAUAAGGUCAUUGAUAAUGCAAAAAUCUGAUAGCUCAGAGAAAGUGGCGCCACCUCCUGGAGAUGGAACCCCAGCUGAGCACCAAGCCGUGAAUGGCGGGGUCGCCAGUGAUCAACGUAGUGGGAGUCAUAAACUUAAAGCAAAUGUGGACAGAAAGUCCAGUAAAAAAGCUGCGGGACAAAUUAAGGUGAAUAUUGAAAAGGAGUAUGUUCACGAAACAUCCUUGACCUAUUUACAGGCCAUGGAGCAAAUACUCCAGGAAGCUGAUGAAGACGCUUUAGACCAAAUUAUCCAAGAAAUCUCGUCAGUGAAACAGAAAAGACAGUCCAGCAAACUAGACUCUAGUAUGGACGUGAAGGUUCCUGCUGAGAAACCAUUAGAACUAGACCACGAGCACAUGGUGUUGGAGUCGGAGCCUCCCACAGAGUCAUCUGGAAUCGCCAGUAUGGAUAUGUAUGAGGAGGACAUGAAGAAACGGGGCAGUAGUCUCCCAGCUGGGAUGAUGCUGCAGUCGGCGAAGCCUUACUCCAAGAGUAUGGAGUUAUCCUACUCAAGUGUAUCGCCACCUUGCCUGAAGAGCUCCCCCAUCACACAGUAUGAGGGACAAGAGCAUGGACAGUUAGAGUUUACCUAUGAGUCUAUGUCAAAUGAGACACUGGACAGCCAUGGUGGCGAUGACUUGACCAAGGGGUACAUGUAUGGCUAUAGCUCCACACCAGCAAGACCUGAUGAACACGAACAUCCUUUGGUUGGGGGAUUUGAACAAGAUAAUGGCAUAAUAGAAGGUCAGGUGGAUAGCUUUGAAGUCAGCACUCAUAAUAAACCAUCCCAGGCCAAUUACUCAACCCGCAGUGCCUCAACAUUGCCUGCUUCCACUAGCAAGCCUCCCAUCUCAGCAAAACCCUCCUCGGUUUCAGCCAGUCAUGUUCUUCCAUCAGGUCACCACCUACCAAAGCGACAAAUGAGAAUCCCAGGAUACGUCCUCUCGGCUAAAAAUAUCCAGGGGGCACCACUCAACACUAAGAAAACGACCCGGUACGUCUCCCCACCAGAGGCCAAAUCGGUGACCCUGCCCAGAGCGUGGGCCGAUGAGGAGGGGCAGCCUGAUCCCUCCAUAGUGAGAUCAGGAGAGGAGGAGAAGGAAAUUCCAUCUGCGUUACUUCAGAGAGGUCAUGUGUUGAAGAAGGUGGGCGUAUUCGAACAGGUGGUGACCCGUCACACCACAUCCCAGGGGCGACUGCAAGGGCGGCCCCCAGUACCUCCCAAGGUGAAGAAGCAGGGCUCGCUGGAAGGGUUUGGGAACAGAGUGGCUCUGGAGAGGUCCGAGGAACAGGAGGAAAAUGGAGACAGGCCGAUACCUGCCAGGAGAAAGCACAUCAAACAUAUAGGAGAGGAUGCAGAAGAUGGAGAUGCCACAGGUGAAAACCACAGACCACCAGAGGGCUCUGAUUCCAAUACAAGCCACCAUUCCGAUGGCUAUUCCUCAGUGUUACAGACCAGUAUUCCCACAUCUGAUGCAGAUAUGUCAUCAAACCAGUCACACUCACAAAAGUCUUAUUUGAGACUCAGUGUGUCAUCUGCGGGUUAUAAUGGUCACAGCAGCUACGGCUCGGACUUGAAAGCAGUUGACAUUGAUACAGACUCUAAAGCUGAAAGGGAACAAUGUGAAGGUCAGGAGGAAGUCAUUGGAGGUCAUGUUGAGACCUCAGGUCAAGGCCAAGUGGAAAGUGAAAGUGAAAGUAGGCAUCUUCAGCAAAAUGGAUACUCAGUUGGAAUUGCAUACACAAGGACUGAGAUAACAGACGAUAAUAAACACGACGAUGUCUCUGCAGUAGUUUCAGAGGAGUCAGUUUCCCAGGAGAACGGUAGUGAUUUAAACGCGGGACAAGAAGUCCAUCAGUCAGACUCCCAGGACUCUGCCACGUCGGCAUAUAGUGAUUUAACAGACAUGCUGGCAGCUGACAUUGUCAAUGAACAAAUAAGGAACGUUUAUGCUGAUUUACGACAGCAACAAAAACAGCAGCAAUUACAACAACAACAACAACAACAACAACAACAAAAUGAUGAAGUGCAUCCAUCGUCUCAGGAACAUGAACAGGAACUCAGUGUAGACUUUACCCAUGAGGGUGACGUUGAAGAUGUAGCUGCCAACUGUGAUGUGCCUAAAACAAGUGAUUCCUUGGACACUAGUGACCUUAACCAAGACCAAAUGACCAGUGAGAAUCACUUAAAUUCGUGUGCGGAACAAGGGGAAAGUACACCCAACUCUGAAGCUCUGAUAACAAGGGAACAAGAUGAAGAUGAAAAUAGACAGGAGGUGAUAGACAGUGUAGGUGAAAAGGGAGAAGACAAUUUUGCCAAAGAUGCCGAGGAAAGUGAAAGUGAUGAGUUGGUAGAAGAUGCCGCUGAGAGGAGGAAUGGCACAGAAUGUAAUGAUGAGACAGAUGAGGCUGUGAAGCUGAGAGAUAUUGUAGCAGGGACCAUACAGGAGUCCACACCUAAGAAGGAUGGCCACUAUUUCCUGAAUGCGAUGCAUGAAGAGGAGCGUCGUCUGCAGCACUUGUGUGACCUGGCGGAGGCUGACCUGCAGCAGGAGGACCUCUCUGAUGAUGUGGCUGGAAUCCUGAGAGCUGCCACUGGGAAAGCACACCUCAUGCUUCACUUAAAGUUUAAACAGUUUGGGGAGCUGUGUGAGAAAAAUUUGAGCCCUGAUCCAGAUGAUCCAUUUGAGACACGAGGAGGAGACCUUGCUGGGUUCUGGGAUAUGGUAUUACUUCAGAUCGAGGAUUUGGACUCCAUGUUUGUGCAGAUUGAUCGAAUGCGUGCCAGUGGAUGGAGGGACAUGCCAGAGGAAAAGAAUGACGACGUGACACCACUUAGUGAUGAGAAAAAAGAACCUUGUUCCGUCCUCCAUUUAGAUGUGGAAGAGGAAGAGAUGUCUUCCAAAGUCAAAACUCCAGUGAAACACUCACCAAGGUCGAAGACUCCAAGAUCGGAGGCUGCCAAAAAGCGCGACGAGGCACGCAAACGCAUGCUGGCAACCAAACGCAAGGAAAUGAGAAUACGAAGAAGUUCCAGUGGAGAUGAAGAGUUUCUGGAAAUAUUUGUUCCUGAGAAUGUUCAUCCACCUCUUUGAACCUUUCAUCGUCAAGGAGAGAAUAUGUAUUGGAACCAAACUAUUUAAUACUGAUACAUAACUGGGAAAUAUUAAAUUAUACAGCUAUAUACCAUCAAUUAUUGCAGUUAGAAAAAGUAGAAGAAUUUUGUACAUCUUAAAGAAGAUAUUUAUUUUCUACAAAAGGGGUGUGUGAAUAGCCCUUCCAACUCCAGUGUAUGUAAGGGUAGUCAAGCUGGAGCAGCAUAAAUUAAAUUCAGGAAAAAGUAGGGAAAGUUUUCAUUAAUUCUGAAUGAGGGUGGAUGCUUACAUAAUAUGUCACAUUAAGUUCUUGCUUUUGAAAAAGAAAUAUGAUUUGUGCAUUUUUGAACAAAGAAAAAAAAAUUCCCUUAUUGUAGAAGAAAAAUAGAAUUAAAAAAAACUUUGUGUUGCUAUAAGUCACUACAUUUUUAACACCAUUAUUUUAUACUUAAAACCAUAAAAAAGGAAAUAUUAUAAAUCAACAUACAAAUAUACAAAUACAUUUUUUCACUUAUUCACAAUGCAGCUAUAACACUUAGAAAAACAAUUGUUCACUAAUGAUAAGUUUUACUCAACUGUUAAAUACUAGUGUAUAUAGCUAUAUAUAUAUAUAUAUAUAUCAUAUAGUGUAUUAGCACCUGUUAUUUUUACUCUGAAAUGAUAUUUAAGUAUACUUUUACUUUAUGUAAAGUGGAAUGGGUGGAAGACAGCUGGUUAUUAUGUAUUAUAUGCUUAGCAAAACCUUGGCAUUGUAAUCAGGCUGGGGUAAUUAGUGUAUAUCCCUAUGGGAGAGUGAAGAAAUGCAGUUAUUGAAGUGAUUGUGUUAGAUGUGCAAACUUUGAAACCCAGGAUUGUGUUAUUUGCACAACUAAAGCAAUGAAGUAAUAGAUGUGGUUUAAAGACCAAUGUAAAGAAACUCUAGAAUCCGUGUAACAGGCAUUCUGCCCUCCAUUAUAUUUGUACAGGUUUGGGUAAGUGUGAUGUAAUUGGGUCGAGAUCUAAGAGGGGCUGGUUAAAAUCAAGUGGAAGUGGACUUCCUAUUUCAGCAGACCCUCAGACACCUGUAUUGCUCUACAAGUGUGUGGUUUAAAGCUAGAUUCUCCAUGAAAUUUCAUUGUUUGUGGACAAAGAAAAUAGCAUCCAUAUUUGAACAUAUUUAGCCUAAAAAGGAGAAAGAAAACGUGCAAAUAGAUCUUUUGUAGUCUCUUCAUCUUGCCUUAAGGUGGAUUUAAAGAAUUAAAUGGCAUUUGCCAUAAGUUUGUUGCUAAUGAACAAUAUUAAGAUUUAAUGCAAUCCGUAUAAUGUUGAUAUUUAUUUUACUCCAAGUUUUCAGUUGUAUACUAGUCCGUAACAUAAACCUCAGCCAGUAUAUAAACAUAUAUGCAAUGUUUUUGUAAAUUACUAGGCACUACUACUUUUUUUAUUUAUUUUUUUUAUCUCUACAAACUAAUUGUAAGGUUGGGUGUUAAUGCUAUCAUUUUACAACUUUGUCAGUGUCUUUGUUCUUCCUUGCUUUAAAAGGCUAUAGAAAUGUGAUAGAAGACCGAAGAAUGCCUCCACCAGUUAAGAAAUAGAUUGGUAAUUUUGGUUGGCCAUAUUCCAAGCAUGACUAGAAAGCAGGUUCCAUUUAUAUUUACAGUGAAUGAAAGAGAGAAUGUUGCCAUUGGUUAUAAAAGGAAUAUUACUAUAAAUGAUUGGUCUACUUUAUUUGAAUGUCUUACAUCACAGAAAUCCCUCUGUGCUGCAUAGACUUCUGAAGAACCACUUAUAAGUUAAUUAUACUAUAUUUAUUAAUUAAUAUAGAGCACUUUAUACUGUAUCAGGGUUUAUCCACCAUGUUGGAUUCCCAGAUUUUGUAGGAUUUUAUCGUGAACCAGUCAUGUUCUUGCGUGCAGGGGAUUAUUUUAUUUUGGGGGAUUAUAACCAUACCCAGCCUACCCACAUUUAUACCAUUGUUCUAACAUGAUUACUAUCAAGGAAGUAAAUUUGGACGUGGUAGCAGUUUCACCCCUUUCCUCUAGUCAAAUUGACAUCGAUUUCAAGUUCAGGGACAGACACUUGCCAGUGUGUUAUUUCACCACGAGAACCAGUGCAACUCUGAUCUGACCAAGAAAUGAAGGACACUCUGUUUAACAG